AUGGAGGGACAGAACGGCAGCAGCGGCAGCAUCCGCUCCCGGCCGCAGGGCAGCGCGACGGAGAGCAAGAAGAAGAAGAAGAAGAUGAAGGAGAUCCCCGACAGGGUGACUCUGAAGAAGGAGAUUGGACUGCUGAGCGCGUGCACCAUCAUCAUAGGGAACAUCAUCGGCUCAGGGAUCUUCAUCUCUCCGAAGGGCGUCCUGGAGCACUCGGGCUCGGUGGGUUUGGCGUUGGUGGUUUGGGUCCUGGGAGGUUGCAUCGCCGCGUUGGGCUCCCUCUGUUAUGCUGAGCUGGGCGUCACCAUCCCCAAAUCUGGAGGAGAUUACUCGUACGUCACGGAGAUAUUUGGAGGUCUGAUGGGGUUCCUCUUGUUGUGGAGCGCCGUCCUCAUCAUGUACCCGACAACGCUGGCAGUCAUUGCCCUCACCUUCUCCAGCUACGUCCUGCAGCCCGUCUUCCCAGACUGUGUCCCUCCUUACAUGGCCACACGGAUGCUGUCCGCCACCUGUCUCUUGCUGCUGACCUGGGUGAACUGCUCCAGCGUUCGUAUGGCGACCAGGAUCCAGGAUGUCUUCACAGUGGGGAAGCUGAUGGCUCUGGGACUCAUCAUCGUGGUCGGCCUGGUCCAGAUCUGCAAUGGGAACUACGAGGCUCUGACCCCUCAAGUGGCCUUUUCCCUGGACAGGACGCCGUCGGUCGGGCAGAUCGCUCUGGCCUUCCUGCAGGCCUCGUUCGCCUUCAGCGGCUGGAACUUUCUUAACUACGUCACAGAGGAGGUGGUUGAACCCAGACGGAAUCUACCUCGUGCCAUCUACAUCUCCAUACCAUUGGUGACCUUUGUGUACACGCUCACCAACAUCGCCUACUUCUCCUCCAUGUCACCCGAGGAGCUGCUGUCAUCCAAUGCCGUCGCUGUCACGUUUGGAGAGAAGCUGCUCGGGAUGUUCUCCGUCAUCAUGCCGAUCUCCGUGGCUCUGUCCACCUUUGGAGGGAUCAACGGCUACCUGUUCACCUCCUCCAGGUUGUGUUUCUCUGGAGCCAGAGAGGGUCACCUGCCCAGCCUGCUGGCCAUGAUCCAUUUUAAGAACUGCACACCUAUCCCUGCCCUGCUGGUCUGCUGCGCUGCCACCAUUGUUAUUCUCUGCAUCGGAGAGACACACAACCUGAUCAACUACGUCUCCUUCAUCAACUACCUGUCGUACGGCGUCACCAUCGCCGGCCUGCUCUACUACCGCUGGAAGAAACCCAACCUGUACAGACCCAUUAAGGUGAACCUCUUGGUUCCUGUUUGUUACCUGAUGUUCUGGGCGCUGCUGCUGGGUUUCAGUCUUUACUCCGAGCCCGUGGUCUGUGGCGUUGGUUUAGUCAUCAUGCUCACCGGUGUACCCGUCUACUUCCUGGGCGUCCAUUGGAAAGAGAAACCAAAGUGCAUCUACAACUUCAUCGAGAGGGCGACAUACGUGGGCCAGAGGUUGUGUUUUGUGGUCUUUCCUCAAUUUGACCCCAUCGAGAUCGACAGUCCGUCAGAGAAGACUGACCGCUCAUCAGGCAGGGGCAGUUUGUCUGCCAAUUCUUAAAACUUUGUUUUGAAGUAGAUCUUUGCUGUUUUUGCUUUUUACUCUGUCACUGUAAGUCCAGACACUCCGUCCUGCUGCAGGAGCUUCAUGUCUGAUGUCCGACCCUCUGAGACUCUGGUUUCCCUUCAGCUGAGUGGAAACAACCUUUUUUCUUUUCUACUAAGUCGUCAACAAGCUAAUGCCGACAGUGUCGCACUGUGAAAGAGACUUUGAGUCCCGUUUUGGACACUUUUUCUGUCACAUGUCAGAACGCCGACCAUGACAGUGUUUCUUCAGAAUGUUGUUGGUCCAGUGUCUCCCACACAGACGAUCCCUGGGCGGGCAGCCGAGCUCCCAGAUACUGUCCUUGUUUUGACCAGCGAAAAUGCUCAAACUGACUCCUGCUCAACCGAAAGUCGGACUGAAGGCCUUCAUCAUCCAGACACCAUAUUGUUCCCUUUAUUUCAGUAUAUCAUGAACCCACCUCCACUUUUUAAGUCCCCCCCCCCCCGCCCUCAUCCCAUAGGACAGCAACAGGAAGAGCUCGACAUCUGCUUGAGUCUGUUUUCCAUUAGAGUUACCGUUAUCACAUUUAAUCGGCCCGUUGUGCACGCUGCCCGGCUCCUCAGGCGCACACGCCGUUUUACCCGACGCACUUUUGAGUCAUUUCUGAGCAACCGAGCGUCUCAGUGUGAUCCCAACUUAAGGCCUUUUGAACCCCCCCCCCAUACCGCCCAGGUACAGCGUCAUUCUGUGGGAAACACUGCUGCCUUUUAUCGUGCCUUAAGGCUUUUUCACACUGAGUUUUAAACAAAUUAACUUCAGAUUUCUUCUUUUCUUCUUCACGCAAAAACAGACUGGAGAACUUCUUCGGGUUAAAUGAGUCUGACUUUAUAAAAAAAACAGAUAUUUAUGUGUUUAUUUCAAACUUCAAACGGGGAAAAUGUACAUUCAAAUGUUUAUUAAUAUCAACUGAUCCACUUUAUUAGAUCUUAAUAUAUGUUUUUGUUCGAGUGCCUUUGCUUUGUGUAUCUCAUUUGAUUAUUUGAGAAGCUCUUUGGUCUUCCAUGCAUCAUCUGUUUUCUUGUUUGAAAACAGUUUCUUAAUCUGCUCUCACAUCGGUCCACAUCACUACAGUAAUGAAAAAGUAAGGCUGUCAGUAUUAACGAGUUAAUCAGGAUUAAUCUCAUGCUAUUUUGUCCCUUUAGGCUCACCGUAGAUCGUUGUCCUCAGUGUCUCUCUGUGUGGAGUCUGCAUGUUCU